AUGACAUUAGAAAUGACCUUGAAAAUAUUUGCCAAUGGACUAAUAUUUACCCCUAAUGCACUUUUAAAAGAUUUUGGCGGAUUCUUAGAUUUAUUUAUUUAUAUAAUCAGUUUAAUUUUUGUCAGUUAUAUGUUACGUGUUGAUGUGAUCGGUCCAGGAUCUACUGGUCAUUUACUUAUGGUAUUAAGAUGUCUUCGACCAUUAAGAAUAUUUUGUUUAGUUCCACAAAUGCGUCGAGUUGUUUAUGAACUUGUACGAGGAUUCAGAGAAAUUCUUAUGGUUUCUGUCCUGUUGGUUGUAUUCAUGUUUAUAUUUGCUGUAUAUGGUGUACAUUUAUUCGGUGGACGUUUAGCUAUUUGUAAUGAUAGAAAUAUAUUGAGUAAAGAAAAAUGUGUUGGACGAUUUAUGCGUGAAUUAGCUUCAACCAAAUUGAAAAGUGUUAAAGGUGAAUCAAUUAAAAUACUUGUACCAAGAGUAUGGGCUAAUCCAAGAAAUUUCAAUUUUGAUAAUAUUGGUAAUGCAAUAUUAGCAUUAUUUGAAGUGUUAUCACUUGAAGGUUGGGUUGAAAUACGUGAUGUCAUUAAAGAACGUAUUGGUCCACGACAUGUUAUUUAUAUACACUUAUUCGUUUUUAUUGGAUGUCUUAUUGGUUUAACAUUAUUCGUUGGGGUGGUUAUUGCAAACUACAGUGAAAAUAAGGGUACAGCAUUACUUACUGUUGAUCAACGUAGAUGGUUAGAUUUAAAAGGUCGUAUAAGAUUAACUCAACCUUUACAAAUUCCACCACGUCCAAAACUUCAUCAAGAACCUGGUCUAACAAGAAAUAUAGUCAGUCCAAAAUCGAAUAAUUUAGAAAAGAAAAGUUUAAAAUUUCGUUGUUUCAUCUAUGAUAUAACUCAGCAUAUUUUAUUUAAACGUGCUUCAGCAACUCUUGUUGUUGCUAAUUGUUUUCUGUUAUUCUUUCCAUUUAAUGAAUUGGGUACUGAAAGAUCCAGUUGGGUUAAACCAAGAUAUCAAAUUCAAGUCUCUUUAGGUAUUAUAUUUACCUUAUUCUUUUGUAUUGAAUGUUUAUUAAAAAUUAUUGCAUUAAAAUUUGGAGGUUAUUGGCAAUCGAAACGUAAUCGUUUUGAUAUGCUUGUUGCUGUACUUGGUGUAACAUGGAUUAUUUUACAUUUUAUAUUACGACCAAUUCCUGAAAAACAUAUGAUAAGCAAUAAUUUCGGUUGGUUUGUUUUAAUGCUUAGAUUUUUCACAAUUGCUGGAAGGCAUGUUACAUUGAAAAUGUUAAUGUUAACUGUUGUUAUGUCAAUGUAUAAAUCAUUAUUUAUUAUUAUGAGUAUGUUUUUAUUAAUGAUGGUAUAUGCAUUGGCUGGUGUUAUUUUAUUUGGAUCUGUAAAAUAUGGUGAUAAUCUUGGUCGACAUGCAAAUUUUCACAAUACAUUUCGAGCAACUGCUUUAUUGACAAGAAUUGUGACAGGUGAAGAUUGGAAUAAAAUUAUGCAUGAUUGUAUGAUACAACCACCAUUUUGUCGAAUGCAUGCAACAUUUUGGGAAACAGAUUGUGGAAAUUUUAGAGCAGCCUUAAUAUAUUUUUGUUCAUUUUAUGUUAUUAUUACAUAUGUUAUGUUAAAUGUACUUGUUGCAAUUAUUAUGGAGAAUUUCUCUUUAUUUUAUUCAAAUGAUGAAGAUGCUAUAAUGAGUUAUAAUGAUAUACGCAAUUUUCAAUUAGCUUGGAAUAUUAUUGAUGUGAAUAGAAAAGGUGUUGUCAAAGCUUAUUAUGUACGAUUUCUACUACGUCUUAUUCCACGUGAACGAGUUGGUUUUGAUUUAGCUAAAAAGAAAGAUCAACAAUUAUUUAAAGAAAUGUGUUAUGAAGUAGAAACACUUCGUGGUGGUCGUGAUAAAGAUGUUAGUUUUCAUGAUGUUUUAAUGGUUUUAGCUUAUAGAACUGUUGAUAUUACUAAGACUUUACAAUUAGAAGAACUUAUAGCUCGAGAAGAAUUAGAAUAUGCAAUUGAAGAAGAAGUGGCUCGACAGACUAUUGCAGCAUGGAUUGAACGAUGUAUUUUUAGAAAUAGACAGAAACAUGGUCAAUUGAAAUUUAAGAUGCAUUCCAAUAUUGAACGUCAAAUAAGCACAAGCAUAGAUGAUAAUGAUGAUUUAAAUAAAAAAAGUGAUUUUCUAAUUAAUAAAAGUGUACGUAUUAAAAAUCAAUCAUCAAACAUCAGUAAAUCAUCAUCAUCAUCAACAACCACAAUAACAACCACAACGACAACAACCUCAUCAUCAUCAUCAAUAUCAUCACCACCGAUAAUAAUAACCAUUAAAGAUAAUGGUGGAAAAUCUAUGGAAAAUCCAAUGGAAGCAAGUCAUGAAAGAGCAAAUAAAAUAUUAGCACCACGAUUAAAAAUUAAUAAAUUAACAAUAAACACUAUAACUACUACUUUUAUUCAUCAUACAAUCAAUACUAUUCCUAUGACUAAAUCAAUAAAUCUAUCAUCAAUACCUACCUUAACAACUAUUCAUUCUAAUAUGAUAACAACACCAACAAUAGUUAACCAUUCAACAAUUCAAAAUAAUUCACUUCAUCAACAUUCAAAUGAUUCUGAUGAGAUGACUACAUUGACAACUACUUCUUUCAAGACAAAUAUGAUUGGCAAACAUGAUGAUGAUGCUGCUGCUGCUGCUGCUUCUGAUCAUGAUGAUGAUGAUGAUGGUCAAAGUUUGAUUAUUGAACAAUAUGAUACAGAUUAUCAACAACCAUUAUUAUUAUUAGAUUCGAAACAAGAAAAGAAAUUAUCCAAUCUUAUUGAUAAUGGGAAUAGUCAAUUACAUCAAUUACAACCGAAAUCGAUUUCGAAUAAAUUCAAUAUAGAUCAAAUAAAUAAUAAUAAUAAUAAUCUUAUUCAUUAUAUUAAUGAUAAUCAUCAAAUGACAACUCUAACAUUUAUUGAUACAUGUUUAAUGAAUAAUGAGAAUAAAACAAAAUUAUAUCCAACUAAAAUCAAUACAAAAUUAUCUAAAUCAAUGAUAGAUGAUCAAAAAUCAAUACAAUCAAUUGAACCUUAUCAAGUGACAAUUAUUGAAAAUGUGAUGGGAUUAGAUAUGGAACAACAACAACAACCACAACAACAACACACCACCACCACCACCAACAACAACAACAACAACAUCUUCCAUUAUCACCAAAUAUAA